GAAUCUUCUGGCUCGCUGUGGCUACCACCAAACCAUCGAGAUACCGAACUGUGUUGUGUUGCGCACCCAGUGGGGCCAUUCGGAGUCGUCUCUUAUGCAGAAGGCAGGUGCAGGCACCACCGAGUAUGCUGUAUGGCUGCUACCCGACAUGGGCAAGGCCUCGCCAUUUAUGAAGGAGGUUUAUAGAUUCUUCAAAGCCUGUUUGGCGCAUCCCAAAUUAAGUAAAGCGUCAGGCGUGGAGCAAUCGGGGUCCCGCUUUCACAUCACAUUGGCCGAUUUCUUUGCCGCCGAUUUCGGACAGGUGGCGAAGAUUGUCAGUGCAGUUCAAAAGGGCGCACAAACCACGGCUGAACGAUAUAUAAAUGAGGAUGAUGAGGGCCGGGGCGGUGUGUUAGAGGUAGUGCGCCGGGAGGGUCUCACACUGUUUGUGUUCCUCAAGUGCUUCUUCCCGUGGCUGGAGCCUUUGCGUAAGAGCCUGCUCGCCCUGGACUGUUACACAGAUUCGAAUUUGAUGCGGGGUGAGGAUGACGAGUACAACGCAACACUGCUGCUAGACAAUCAGCCGACGACAGAAUCUCUUACCAUUGACGAUUUCCGAGAUGUUAUAAAUCCCAAUAGAUAUCCCCUCCUGGAAGCAUGCAUCAAUAACGAUCCGGACGAAUACUUACGAGACGAAUGGAUGUAUGGGUUCAACGCUACUCGGUGGCAAGUGGCUGUUAUGAAGCGGAAAAACGACAAAGUAGAAAUAGACCCUGGAGCAUGGUUCCCACUUUAUGAUUAAAUGGUGCUUAUGUUCCUGUUCAAACAAUACAUAGACGUAUAUUAAUUCCAUGUUGAAGCAGGUUGUGCAUUGUGCGCAAUCCGUACUAUAUUUUUAUGUAUAAUAAACGUACAGGGGUG